UAGCAGCACUGGCGUGAAGCGAUAGCAGUAUAUUGGCUCAGUUAGCUCGUCGUAGGUCAAGACACUGCAAUGUUUUACUUGCGAAUAUCUUUGCUUCUGUUUUUAAAUCUCAUAAUUCCUCAUGAGGCUGCUGUGGUGGUGCCGAGAGUGGAAUUAAACGAUGGCAGAAAGAUGCCCGCGAUCGCCCUGGGCACCUGGCUCGGUAACAACGCACAGGGGCCUAUUCAGCCAGUCGGGGACGAGGUGGAGAAAGCCGUGACUUGGGCACUGAAGGCGGGGUACCGGCACAUAGACACCGCCUGGGACUACAAGGUGGAGGACCAGGUCGGCAGGGGAUUGAACGGGGUCUCUAGAGAGGAACUGUUUAUUACAACAAAGUUGUGGAAUGACGCCCACGCUCGCUCAGCGGUGGUGCCGGCGCUGCGGGCGUCGCUGGACAAGCUGCAGCUUGACUACGUCGACCUUUACCUCAUUCACUGGCCCACGGGACAAUAUGAAAAUGGUACGUACGACUUGACCGACUAUUUGGAAACUUGGCGCGGCAUGAUGGAAGCGAAGGAGCUGGGACUGACCAAGUCUAUUGGGCUGUCCAACUUCAACCAGGACAUGAUAUCGAGAAUACUGAACAACGGCUUGGAAAAACCUGCCGUCCUGGAAGUUGAGUUGAACCUAAACCUGCAGCAGCCGGCGCUGCUGUCAUACUGUCGGUCUCACAACAUCACGGUGAUGGGCUACACGCCGUUCGGCGCGCUGUUCCGGCACAAGGCGCGGGCGGACGCGCCGCCGCCGCGAGUUGACGACCCACAGCUUGUGGCCGUCGCUCAGAAAUACCACAAGACCGUGCCACAACUCGUGUUGAGAUACCUGGUGGAACUAGGCGUAGUGCCAAUACCAAAAUCGGUCACCAAAAGACGUAUAGAGGAGAACAUCGAUAUAUUUGAUUUCCACCUGCAGGACGAAGACAAGGAACUGUUGAGGAGCUAUGACAGAGGGUACAGGAACAUACCACAGCUCGAGUGGCGCGACCACCCAUACUAUCCGUUCGAAAGGACAGCUCUGGUCGUAGGUCAAGACACUGCAAUGUUUUACUUGCGAAUAUCUUUGCUCCUGUCUUUAAAUCUCAUAGUUCCUCAUGAGGCUGCUGUGGUGGUGCCGAGAGUGAAGUUAAACGAUGGCAGAAAGAUGCCCGCGAUCGCCCUGGGCACCUGGCUCGGUAACAACGCACAGGGGCCUAUUCCGCCAGGCAAGGACGAGGUGGAGAAAGCCGUGACUUGGGCACUGGAGGCGGGGUACCGGCACAUAGACACCGCCUGGAGGUACAAGGUGGAGGACCAGGUCGGCAGGGGAUUGAAAGGGGUCCCUAGAGAGGAACUGUUUAUUACAACGAAGUUGUGGAAUGACGCCCACGCUCGCUCAGCGGUGGUGCCGGCGCUGCGGGCGUCGCUGGAUAAGCUGCAGCUUGACUUCGUCGACCUCUACCUCAUACACUGGCCCUCGGGACAAUAUGAAAAUGGUACGUACGACAUGACCGACUAUUUGGAAACAUGGCGCGGUAUGGUGGAAGCGAAGGAGCUGGGACUGACCAAGUCUAUUGGGCUGUCCAACUUCAACCAGGACAUGAUAUCGAGAAUACUGAAUAACAGCUUGGAAAAACCUGCCGUCCUGCAAGUUGAGUUGAACCUAAACCUGCAGCAGCCGGCGCUGCUGUCAUACUGUCGGUCUCACAACAUCACGGUGAUGGGCUACACGCCGUUCGGCGCGCUGUUCCGGCACAAGGCGCGGGCGGACGCGCCGCCGCCGCGAGUUGACGACCCACAGCUUGUGGCCGUCGCUCAGAAAUACCACAAGACCGUGCCACAACUCGUGUUGAGAUACCUGGUGGAACUAGGCGUAGUGCCAAUACCAAAAUCGGUCACCAAAAGACGCAUAGAGGAGAACAUCGAUAUAUUUGAUUUCCACCUGCAGGACGAAGACAAGGAACUGUUGAGGAGCUAUGACAGAGGGUACAGGACCAUACCACAGCUCCAGUGGCGCGACCACCCAUACUAUCCGUUUGAAAAGACAGCUGUAUAGUAACUACGUGGUGUUAUGGUAUCAGAGAAAUCAAAGGUAGAUGGUGGGCCUAUAAAAUUUGGUCGAGCUAUGACGAAACUCAAACCGACCCGACAGAUUACGACCCAGUUUGAUAUAACCCAACUAAAUAACCUAUUUCCGCCAACUACCUUAGCAUCAAUUUCUCUGACGAUAUUGAAGACAAAAUUGUAAUACAGUAAACUACUAUUUU